UGAAAGGUCGCUGAUUUCUCCACAGGGUUACGCUGCCCAUUCCAUACAGUCUAUCCGGAGAACCUUUGAAAUUAAAUAUCUGCAAAGAUGACCGGCAGGAAAUUUUUCGUUGGUGGAAACUGGAAAAUGAACGGAGACAAGAAAAGUCUCGGCGAGCUCAUUAACACCCUGAACAGUGCCAAGCUGCAUGCGGAUACUGAAGUGGUAUGUGGAGCCCCAGCCAUCUACCUUGACUUCGUCAGGUCAAAGAUGGAUGCUAAGCUUGGUGUGGCCGCCCAAAACUGCUACAAAGUUGCCAAGGGUGCUUUCACUGGAGAAAUCAGCCCUGCAAUGAUCAAGGACUGUGGAGUAGGGUGGGUUAUUCUUGGACACUCCGAGAGACGCCAUGUCUUUGGUGAGAGUGACGAGCUGAUUGGCCAGAAGACUGCUCAUGCCCUGGAGAAUGGUCUGAAAGUGAUCGCCUGCAUUGGUGAGAAGUUGGAUGAGAGGGAAGCUGGCAUCACAGAGAAGGUCGUCUUCGCACAGACCAAGGUUAUUGCAGAUAACGUCAAGGACUGGAGCAAGGUAGUGCUUGCCUAUGAGCCCGUGUGGGCCAUUGGCACUGGCAAAACCGCUUCCCCACAACAGGCCCAGGAGGUUCAUGACAAACUCAGGCAAUGGAUGAAGACCAACGUCUCUGAGGCUGUUGCCAGCUCUGUCAGGAUAAUCUAUGGAGGCUCUGUCACCGGGGCAACAUGUAAGGAGCUGGCCUCUCAAAAGGACGUGGAUGGCUUCCUGGUGGGUGGAGCUGCUCUGAAGCCCGAGUUUGUUGACAUCAUCAAUGCAAAGGCCUAAAAAGGAGAUUUAUAGGUGAUAUACAAUGGUGGCCAACUCCAUCUUCUUACCCAUGCACUUAGACCCAUCACCUUCAGUGUUUUUUUCUAUAAUUUCUUCGCCAGUGUCUUUGUGAUGUUGCAGCCUUUUGAUGCCUUUCCUUUUGUUUUGUAUGUAAUUUAAUUUGACGAUUUGACUCAUACACUGUAUUGCACUGCACUUCUGAGUGUAGAGUUCAACUUUGACAUAAAUGUUUGUACCAACCCAACUAAAAAUAGUAAAAACACCACGGGGCAUAAUACCCCUGCCUUUUACUUGAAAGUUUACCAGCGUAUUGUUAAAGCAGUGUACACUAGGAGGACAAUCCAUCCUGUCUUCUUUUUUGGUAAUUUCUCAUUGACUGAUCCUUUACUUCAUUGAUGUAGGACACUCUCUCUGCGUAGAGAUGUCUAUUACAUGUCAAUCAUAUUGUAUUGUGGCCAAUGGUAGUAAAGAAGAAUUAUUGUGAGAAUACUGUAAUGAACAAUAAAAACUAGGUGAGUACA